AUGGAGAAGCUUGCACAUCUGCAACCAGCUUUGGUCAAUCUGUCGUCCCCACGGCUCCUUCACCACAACGCGCGACUCCAUACUGCGCAACAGACAGUUUCCAAGCUGCAAGAGCUGGCGUUGGAAGCUCUCCCUCAUCUGCCAUACUCACCAGACCUUGCACCUGCCGACUAUUACUUUUUCCAAAAUUUAGACAACAUUUUAUGGGAAAAGGACAUCUCCGAGAACAGUACCCUGAUAGAACACGCUGAGGCACGGAUUACUGGAGGGGAAAUUCCUGAAGAAUUCGAGAAUAAUUUUAGUUAUCAAGUACAAAUUCUCAUUAGGGAUACGAAGUUCUGCUCAGGCGCCAUCAUAAAUCCAAAUAACAUAUUGACUGCUGCACACUGCGUCGAUAGGACGAAGCCAAAUGAGGUAGAGGUGAGAGCUGGCAGCCGGAGACUUGGCGAGGGAAUGGAGAUACCGAUUGACUCAAUAACGGUUCCUAAGGAUUUCGAUGCUCGAGAACAUUACAUGGACAUUGCUGUCUUACGGACCUCCACCCCUUUCACGUUCAGUAGAGAGUUAAAACCUACUUUUCUGGCAGCUGUUAAUUCUGAGUUACCAGAUACAAUUACAGUUGCUGGCUGGGGGACAGAUGGGAUCAGCAAUGACCUAUCUGAAGAGCUCAGGUUUGUGAAUCUACCAGUGAUAAGUAACUUACAAUGCCAAACGCGCUACCCGGAGUCAAGUAUCACCAGGCACCUGUUCUGUGCUGAAAACACUCGUGUAGGAGGCCAAGGCACUUGCAAGGGCGACGGCGGCGCCCCAGCGACGAUGACAAAUACUACUAGACUGGUCGGAAUCAGUUCUUUUGCCCGAGGGUGCGGUUUCGAUAUUGCACCUAGUGUAUUCACUAACGUCAAUAAUAAAGAGAUUCGUGAUUUCAUCGAUAGUAACACAAAAAAGAACAUCUCCGAGAACAGUACCGUGAUAGAACAGGCUGACGCACGGAUUGCUGGAGGGGAAAUUCCUGAAGAAGAAGAGAAUAAUUUUAGUUAUCAAGUACAAAUUCUCAUUAGGAAUACGAAGUUCUGCUCAGGCGCCAUCAUCGAAAGAUAUUACAUAUUGACUGCUGCACACUGUGUCGAUAAAACAAAGCCAAAUGAGGUAGAGGUGAGAGCUGGCAGCCGGAGACUUGGCGAGGGAAUGGUGAUACCGAUUGACUCAAUAAUGGUUCCUAAGGAUUUCGAUGCUCGCGAACAUUACAUGGACAUUGCUGUCUUACGGACCUCCACCCCUUUCACGUUCAGUAGAGAGUUAAAGCCUACUUUUCUGGCAGCUGUUAAUUCUGAUUUACCAGACUCAGUCACAGUUGCUGGCUGGGGGACAGACGGGAUCAGCAAUGACCUAUCUGAAGAGCUUAGGUUUGUGAAUCUACCAGUGAUAAGUAACUUACAAUGCCAAGCGCGCUACCCGGAGUCGGGUAUCACCAGGAACCUGUUCUGUGCUGAAAACAUUCGACAAGGAGGCCAAGGCACUUGCAAGGGCGACGGCGGUGCUCCAGCGGUGAUGGAAAAUAGUCGUAGACUGGCCGGAAUCAGUACUUUUGCACGAGGGUGCGGUUUCGAUAUUGCGCCGAGUGUAUUCACUAACGUCGAUAAUAAAGAGAUUCGUGAUUUCAUCGAUAGUAACACUAGUGACAAAGGGGAUAAUUUUCUCGAUAUUUAUGAUGAUUUUGAAUGUGAUGAAGAUGGAACAACCGAUUACGAAUAUGCUUGCUUGAAUUAG